GAGAACUGCACAGUGCACACCAGUGUUACAACUGACACGCCACCAUGAGGUCUCUGCACGCACUGCUCGUGGCGGUCCUUGUCCUGGUCGCCGUCGCCGCGACGCUCCCGGCGGGGACGGACGGCGCGUGGGCGCCGAUACCGGCCCGCGACCUGAACGGCGUGGUGGUGCAGCAGGUGGGCCGGUUCGCCGUGCUCGUGCACGACAUCACGCGCCGGGCGAGCCUGGUGUUCGUCAAGGUGGAGCGCGGCGAGACGGAGCGGCCGGCUGCCGGUGGUGUCGGCACCAACUACCGGCUCGUGGUGACCGUGGAGAAGGCGCCAGGCGGGAGCAGGCGGCAGUACGAGUGCGUCGUGUGGGGCGUGCCCGGCUCGCGCACCAGCACCUGGAAGCUCCUCGGCUUCAAGGCGCUCUAGCUAGAUGCAUGGCCAUCGAGCAUUCGUACGCGUGAGGCAAAGCCGCGCGCGUACUCCGCUGAAUAAUCUACGCUACCCAGGCGUACAGUAUGUGCAUGGGUUUUUUAAGUACUGAUGUUUGCCUCACGCGUACUCCGCUGAAUAAUCUACGCUACCCAGGCGUACAGUAUGUGCAUGGGUUUUUUAAGUACUGAUGAUACACGUCGUUUAAUUUGUUACGCGCGUAGGCACGGCAAAUACCUGUCUGCGUGCAGUCUGCAGUGCAUACACUAGCGCCGCAAUAAGCAAAUUGUGACUACCACCGACUCACCUAGUAUACUUCCUUUUUGUCAUCACUACCCGAAUGAUAUAUGUUGGUUA